GCGUGUGACACCAUGAGAGUACGCUAGCCCGCUUCCCGCGGUGAGACACCAUGGGGGUGUUCAGCGUUUUCACCCUUCGGCGUAACAACAGCUUCUCUCGGGAUGGCAGCAGGCGGGGCAGAAGAGAAGGCAGCCUGCGGGGUGCGGGCGCCGAGGAGCCGUCCCUGGGCAAGGACUCCUCCACCUCCUCAGCCGUGUUCGACCUGGAGCUGUCGCAGCGCGCCGGCAAGGGCCCCGCGGAGCUGCUGGCGCGGCUGGCGCCACCUGGGCACGCCGCCGACGGCGGCAGCGCCCAUACCGGCGGCGACCCCUCGGCGCACCUGCCCUCGGGCCUGCUUCAGCGCAUCGUCUACCUCUCCCGACCGGUCAUGGAGUUCGAGCUGGACCUGCUGCAAGACCUGCGGGCGCUGCGCCCCACCUGCUGCCGAACACCCGACGGCCAGCUGGACCUGUCUGCCCUGGUCACGCAGCUGCAAGGCCUGGGCUACGCCUGCUACCUAAAGCGCAACAACCCAGCCGACCCCGCGCACCGCCACAACGUGCAGGCCAGCUGCCUGGAGAAGCUGCGCCACGAGUCGAUCGUGUGCGCGGGGCGGCGCGACGGCAGCCUGGCGCACUGGUGCGUCGUGGACCCCCGCUUCCGCGAACAGUUUGCCAUUGCGCAGCCCACCCCCGCCUACGACCGCUGCCUCAGGGCGGUGCCGCUGGAGUUUGUGGGGACGCCGCUGCGGCUGCAGGCGCUGGUGGAGGUGCUGUGCGGGCAGGUGGCCCACGCCUUUGCCUCCUCCCAGCGCACGCUGCCGCCCUGGCGCAAGCUCAAGUCCCAGCUGAGCAAGUGGUUUGACCCGGAGGAGAUGCCGGGGCAGGCGCAGCAGGCGCAGCAGGCGCAGCAGGCGGCGGCGGCGGCGGCGGGCGCGCCGGCCCCGCUGCCCUCGCCCUUUGCCCAGGCGCCGCCGCUGCCGGCGGCGCCCGGCGCGGGCGCCGCCGGCGGCCCCGCCGCGGCCAGCAGGCAGUCGCUGCUGCAGCUGCAGGCGGCGGCGGCGCUGGCCGAGAGGCAGAGCAGCGGCGGCGGCAGCCAGAGCUUCUACGAGUCUCUGGCCAUUCACCAGCAGUCGAUGCGCCUGCAGCAGCAGCAGGCGGCGGCGCCGCAGCAGCAGCAGCCGCAUCGGCGCCCCUCCCUGGAGCUCCUGCAGCAGCAGCAGGCGGCGGCGCAGGAGCAGGGGGUGGCGCGCGAGACGGCGGCAUACCUGGAGGCGGCCUGGAUGGCGGCGGCGGUGGCCGACGGCGCCCCAGGCACCCGCGCCGCCGACCGCAGCUACCGCCCGCGGCGGCGCGCGGGCGCGGUGCUGGGGCUGGGCCAGCUCGGCGGCGGCGCGGCGGGGCCGUGGGACGGCCAGGCCGCGGCCGGCGGCGGCGGCGGCGCCAAGCCGGGCCUGGGCUUUGGCGGCCUGGCGGCGCCUGCGAUCGACCUGAACGCCAGCGGCAGCUGGAGCGAUCUGUCCACUAUUCUGGAGACGCGCAGCAACAGCGGGGCCAGCAGCCCCGCGGCGGCGGCCCUGCUGCUCGCCGCCAACUGCCAGCUGGGCGCCAGCGGGGCGAGCCGGCGAUCUGCCGGCAGCGGCGGCAGCGGCGGCACGGUGCCCGCGCCCACCACGCUGCACCAGCGCGGCAUGGGCCUGGCGCAGCGCUCCUCUGCCGCCGCCUCGGCCGCGGGCAGCUGCGGGGCGGCGGGCAGCGAGCAGGCCUGGCCCUCGCCUGGCGCCAGCUCCUGCGACGGCCCCAGCCUGCGCGCCGGCAGCGGCGAGCUGGGAGAGGCGGAGAAGCUGGGGCGGGUCAGCGGGGAGGGCGAGGGCGGCACCAAGAAGAAGGCGGUAUCGCUGCUGGCCAAGAGCCUGAAGAGCGUCAGCCUCAAGCUGACCCCCGGCAGCCUCCUGCCCAUCAGCACAGUGCGCUGCCUGGGCCCCGCCGGCGCCGUCACCACGCAGCGCAGCUGGUCCUGGCGCUCGAGCGGCUCGGAAGGCAGCGAGGGCAGCCGGCGCGGGCGCCAGGUGCAGCCGCUGCCCUACCCCCUGCCAUAGCCCGGCGGCGCCAGCCCACCGCGCUGCAGCACUGACCCUGCCCUGUGUUCGCACACCACUCCCAAGCUCCAGCCCACCCAGGCUGCCCCACUGCUUCCCUCCACGCGUGUGUCUGCCCGCACUGCACUGCCACCCCUUGAACAAUGCCAGCUGCGCGCCAGCCAACAAGCUCCCAGGCCCACCGCCCAUUGCCAUUCACAUAUGUAUCGCUUUCUUCCCCUCCAGCGCUGCUGCCGAUGGCGCGGCCAGCCUCAGCACCCUGCCACCCCCGCGGGCCCGCAUUUCGGCCGCCACCCUCUGCCUCUUCAUUCCCUCUGUCUCCUACCCUGCGCUUUCCAUUGGAUCUUGAGAGCUGCAUGCACCGCCCGUGCGUGCUGCUCUGCCCCAGGCCCAUCCCUCUCCACCUCUGCCCCGCCCACCUGUGCAUCAGGCAUUCCCAUUCUACGCUUGUCGACCGCACCUGCACGCAUGCCUCGCCCAAACGGGCGCCCCACCGACUGACCCCGGCCCUCCGGGCUCCCCUGCCUUGCCAGUGCCUCGCUGCGUCCCUGGCCUGGCCCCUUCGGCACUAUGCCCUUCCGCCGUCCCCUCUCAGCCCUGCCCUUUCAUUGCAUCGCAGAGAAAUGCACCCGACCCCAGCCAUCAAGGAAUUCUUUGUUCAGGGCCGCACCCCAGCCGCCUGCUCCUUUUGAGUCCCCCUCUCCUCCUUUUGUGAGACCUGUUGGGGGUGUUUUGCAGGCAGCAUCUGAUUUCUGCCACAAUUUUGACCAGCGCGAAUAAUCUUGGGGCCCUUACCCGCCCGCUAGAACUAGGCCAGCACAGGAGUGUAAUGCAGCAGCCGC